CUUGGCUGUAGGGAGACAGUGGCUUUCCUGUGUUUUGAGUCAGCGAGGUGGCAGGGCAGCCUGAGUGAGGGCGCUUGUUUGAAACAUGCCGUCUCCUAUCCCAGAGGAACCACUGCUGCUGGCUGAACUGAAGCCCGGACGCCCCCACCAGUUUGAUUGGAAGUCAAGCUGUGAAACCUGGAGCGUGGCCUUCUCCCCAGAUGGCGCCUGGUUUGCUUGGUCUCAAGGACACUGCAUUGUCAAGCUGAUCCCCUGGCCGUUGGAGGAACAGUUCAUUCCUAAAGAGUUUGAAGCCAAAAGCCGAAGCAGCAAAAAUGAUCCAAAAGGACGAGGCAGCCCCAAGGAGAAGACGCUGGACUGUGGGCAGAUUGUCUGGGGCUUGGCCUUCAGCCCGUGGCCUUCUCCGCCCAGCAGGAAGCUCUGGGCACGCCACCAUCCCCAGGUGCCAGAUGUCUCUUGCCUGAUCCUCGCUACGGGACUCAAUGAUGGACAAAUCAAGAUUUGGGAGGUACAGACAGGGCUCCUGCUUUUGAAUCUUUCCGGCCACCAAGAUGUUGUCAGAGACCUGAGCUUCACACCCAGUGGCAGUUUGAUUUUGGUCUCUGCGUCUCGGGAUAAGACUCUUCGCAUCUGGGACCUGAAUAAACAUGGUAAACAGAUUCAGGUGUUAUCGGGCCAUCUUCAGUGGGUGUACUGCUGCUCCAUCUCCCCAGACUGCAGCAUGCUGUGCUCUGCAGCUGGAGAGAAGUCAGUCUUUCUAUGGAGCAUGCGGUCCUACACAUUAAUCCGGAAGCUAGAGGGCCACCAAAGCAGUGUUGUCUCUUGUGAUUUCUCUCCGGACUCUGCCUUGCUUGUCACGGCUUCUUACGAUACCGACGUGAUCAUGUGGGACCCCUACACUGGCGAGAGGCUGAGGUCACUCCACCACACCCAGCUUGACCCCCCCAUGGACGACAGCGAUGUCCACAUUAGCUCCCUGAGAUCUGUGUGCUUCUCUCCGGAAGGCUUGUACCUUGCCACCGUGGCGGAUGACAGACUCCUCAGGAUCUGGGCCCUGGAACUGAAAACUCCAAUCGCAUUUGCUCCUAUGACCAAUGGUCUUUGCUGCACAUUUUUUCCACAUGGUGGAGUUAUUGCCACAGGGACGAGGGAUGGUCAUGUCCAGUUCUGGACAGCUCCUAGGGUCCUAUCAUCACUGAAGCACUUAUGCCGGAAAGCCCUUCGAAGUUUUCUAACAACCUACCAAGUGCUAGCACUGCCAAUCCCCAAGAAAAUGAAAGAGUUCCUCACGUACAGGACUUUUUAAGCAAUGCUACAGUCUUGUUUUCUUUGUAGCAGGAGAAACCUCCCUGGCAAAGAAGUAGCUGGGAUAAUGGGCCAAACAUCUUGGUCUUCGAUUGAAAUAUGAAUAGAAUUUCUCUUUGAGACUGUGAAUAGAAUGUAGCAAAAUCAGAUUCCAGUGGACAAGUCAUGAUCUUCUCCCUCCUGACAUGGGCAAGUCAGUCAGAGAGGAGGGGGUUCCACUUCUGUGGCCACAGAGCCUUACCUUAAAUCUUCAGUCCACGUAUACACAAUUUUGAAUUCUUUCUGGUAGUUUUGAUUCAAAGUGCAGUUACUGAUGUUUCGAUGAGUAACUAGGCCUUGAGCCUUUCUGGAGUGGCAGGCGGGUUUCAACUCCCCCCUGCUGGGAAGUGUGACCUCUGCCUAGUACUGAUCAUGUUGUGUUUCAGAUACAGUGGUGGGUGGCGUUGUUUCAAGUGCUCUCCUGUUGUGUCAGAGUUGCUUUGAUGUUGGCAAGUCUUUCCUUCCCCUAGCCCCCCUCUGACCAGCAGGACCAAGUUUUCAUGGAGCUGUCUCUGGGAGGAGGUAUUAACUUAGCUUAACUCAUCACAGGUGACUCAGAGGCUGUGCUCCUGACUGAUAGACACUAUAUAAUUGGCUUUUUUUUUUUUUAAACAAUGGUGUGCAUGUGAAGAUGACAAAUUCCUCUGUCAGGUUACACAAGGAUUUAUUCCUAAAUUGCAUGACUGUUCAAAUGGCUGAGUUAUCAGUUGUUUGCCAUCAUUAGCAUAUUUAUUUGUGUUUUCUCAACAGAUAAUAAGGUACAACUGUGUUUUUCUUGAUACUAGGUUAAAAACCAUAGUGCUUCAGUGGAACAGUUGUGAAGGUGUCUCCUUAAUUGUUAAGCAUUGGUGUUGUCAUCACUUCAGCCCAUAUCCUAUGUACGAGGUCUGAGUUUGCUGCUUCACCUCAUUGGACUAAUGAGCCAGUUUUAGCUCUACCCCUCAACAAAUAUAGCUCCUGAAACGUACUUAACUGUUCUUCUUCAGUGGUGUGUAUUUCUCUAAUCAAGACACCUCAAACAAAAUCUGCCUUUGGAAAGUUUAAUAUAUUUUAAAUUAUUUGAAAAGAAAUGCAACAUCUUAUGCUUCGCCUUUCCUAAUAGGUGCUUUGUGGAGGCCAAUGUAACAUAAAGCGUGUUGAAAAAGUA